AUGGAAGAGGUCGGUCCUUUGGCAUACUAUUCCAAAUGGGUCAAAGCAUGGACAAAGGACACUUCACGCAAAGCGAUUCAAAAGCAUUUUGAGGAAACUGGUGAGGAUGAGAACACCCAACUAAUCAAGAUGUUUAUGCAUCAAACAGACAGAGAAUAUCGUAUAAUGAUGGGCACCGAUAUCCGAAUCCAACGUGAUCCACUUGCAAUGAGAAUGCGCGAGGAUCAGAUGAAGGAAAUUUGGGGUGGUGAUCCUGUUUACCCAACUAUAAACUAUAUUCAAGACCCAGAUGAGGUGAUUGAUUACAGGGGUCCCGAUUUUCAUGAACUAACUCCAAACAUGAUUGAUUAUCUAAAGGAGGUUUGGAAGAUCUUGCAUCUAUUCAUUCAACUCCAACGCCAUACCUAA